AUGCGUAGCGGAAGAAUGUUAGCUGAAGAUGAACCAUCUCUCCUUUUGAAUAAAUAUAAUCAAACAAGUUUAGAAAAUGUUUUUCUUCAAUUAUGUUUUCAAGACCAAAAUCGUUUUCAACAAGAAAUUUCAAUGAAUAAUACAGAUGGCGAUAAAGAUACUGAUAUACCCGAUAAUAUUGAUGAUCAAAAUUCAUCUGCUACUUCUAUUCAAGUGUCAGUCAACAGAACGAAUGGAAAUGUUCUUCCAUUAGAUAAUCGAAGUCGAAAAUUCGAAAAAAAUCCUCUGAUAUAUGCUAAACGAGUUGCAGCUGACUAUUUUAUAUUACCUCAUAUGCAUAAAAUUUAUGCAUUAAUGUUGAAAGAUUUAACAGUAAUUAAACGAAGUAUUGGUUUUUUGUUGUUUCAAUUUUUAAUUCCUGUUAUUCAAGUUGCACUUUUUUGUCUUUGUAUUGGACGUGAACCUGAACAUAUUCCAAUGGCACUUUACAAUAGUGAAGCAAUCCAUGGAUUUCCAACAGGAAACUUAAGCUUACAACUUUUAAAUAAAAUAAAUCCUGAACAAAUUCAUUUUACGUCAUUUAAUGAGUUUGAUAAAGCAAUGGACGUUGUAAAACAAGGACAGUAUUGGGGUGCUGCUAUUAUACAAUAUAAUUUUACACAAGCAAUCAAAAAUAAAUUAUUAGGGUUUCAAACAGAUCCAGCUACUUUAAAUGCAUCAUCACUCCAUCUUUAUCUUGAUAUGACGAAUCAACAAGUGUCAUUAACAAUGCAAAGUAUAAUAUUAAAUAGUACAGAAGUAUUUUUAAAAGAAGUUUUAUCAAGUUAUAAAAUUGAUCCAUCAAUAGCUGAUCCUCCAGUAAUAAUUGAAAAUCCUCUAUAUGGCAAUAUUGUCCCACAAUUUUUAAAUUUUGCUGCACCAGGAAUGAUGAUAUCAAUAAUAUUCUUUUUGGCAAUUGGUUUAACAGCAUUAAUAUUUGUUGUUGAAAAAAAAGAAGGUCUUUUAGAACGCAGUUGGAUCGCUGGUGUUACCACAAUUGAAGUUAUGCUUGCUCAUAUUAUUGUUAAAUUUUUUAUUCAAUUUAUUCAAAUAAUGCUUCUACUUGUUUUUGCUGAUUUUAUUUUCAAAGUUGAAAUUAAAGGCUCGAUUUUCUUAGCAAUGACAUUAAUUUUUAUGCAAGGAAUUUGUGGUAUGAGUUACGGUCUUUUAAUAUCUUCAGUGUGUGAACAAGAAAUUGAAGUUAUGGAAGUUGCACUUGGAAGUGUUUUCCCAAUAUUACUUAGUUCAGGUGUAAUAUGGCCACUUGAAGGAAUGCCAUCAGUUAUGCGUUUUCUAAGUAAUUUUACUCCAUUAACACAUUCUGUUGAGGCAAUGCGAUGUAUUGCUGCGAGAAGUUGGUCAUUUGGAUAUUUCAAAGUAUGGUUUGGUUUUGCCAAUGCUGGUGCAUGGUCUUUAGGAUUUUUUGUCAUAGCUGCUAUUCUAUUUGCUCUUAGAAAAUAA